UGUUGUGUGUGUGAAAAGAGUGUAGGGCAACGAGCGAAACAAAAGAGGCUGCGGCUGCAUCGAUGUGAUGGUGGUGGUGUGUGUCCGUCUCGGAAGCCACAAGCAAACACACACAUAUCUGACCCGUAUUCUGAAUGGUUGGAAAGGCUUGGCGGAAGGGGAACGAGUAGCUUGAUGAUCGGCGAUUAAAACAAGAAAAAAAACAGUUCGAAGAGCGAAGUUGCGAGGACUUGGACCGUCUUAGACCGGCAGGCGCAUCUCUUCCCCUAACGUCGAGAGCAGUGCAGUGUGGGUUGGAGAGACAGCCCAGAACAAAGGAGUCUUGAGCAAGGAAUGAGCAAGCUGAGACUAGCUUUGCCAUUACCGCUUUUGAAAUCGGGCCAAUGCCUCUCUGAAACACCAACGUAGUAGACGGUCUACUCCAUUUUAAACGAGCCCUUUCGCUCAAAAGGCAGAAAGAAGAUAAGACACGAAUAACCCGAACGCAAGUCGGCGGCCACAAUGUUUCCUCAAAACCGUCCACCGGCACCUCUGCAGGCGCCCCCCGGUUCCUCUGCCAAUGCGGUUGCUGCUGCGGCUGCAGCGGCCUCUGGGACCCCCCAGUCGCUGAAACUAACGUACCCAGAAACCCUGGACCGCAUCAAGGAGGAGUUCCAGUUCCUCCAGACCCAGUACCACAGUUUGAAGUUGGAAUGUGAGAAGCUGGCUACAGAGAAGACGGAGAUCCAGAGACACUACGUGAUGUACUACGAGAUGUCCUAUGGCCUUAACAUUGAAAUGCACAAACAGACGGAGAUUGCCAAGCGGUUGAAUGUGAUCUGCGCACAGCUCAUCCCAUUCUUGUCACAGGAGCACCAGCAACAGGUGGUGCAGGCCAUGGAGCGCGCCAAGCAGGUGACUAUGGGGGAGUUAAAUGCGUCGAUAGGGCAGCAGCUCCAGGCCCAGCACCUGUCCCAGCACGCCGCCCAGGGCCUGCCCAUGGGCGCCCACCCCUCCGGCCUGUCGCACCCGGGCCUCGCGGCGCUGGGCGGCGGCUCCAGCCUGCUGGCCCUCUCCGGGGCCCUCGGGGCCCAGCUGGCGGCCAAGGACGAGAGGGCCCACCUGGAGGCCGCCGCCGCCGCCGCCGCCGCCGAGCACCACAGAGGUCUGCUCAUGGGGCGCGCGGCACUGCUGCCCGGGAUGAACAUGGACCGCGAGGCGGGGCCGAGUUCUCUGUCCAACGGGGACAAGGGGCGUUCUGCAGACUACCUCAGCAACGGCAAGAAGAGGAAAGUGGAGGAGAAGGAGUUCAUGACGGACUAUGGCAGCGACGCGGAUUGUUUUCUAAACCGCGUUCCGAAUGCCCAGGACCCGUCGUCCCCGCGCAGUGUGCAGUCCUACUCCUCCAGGGAGAACGGCCUGGACAAGAUGCCCCCCUCCCGCAAGGAGGCUCCCCCCCAGGCCAGCCCCACCUCCCUGGCCUCCUCCAGCAGCGCCCCCUCCCCCUCCAGGGGGAAGGAGCCCCCACAGAGAGAGAAGUCGAGCACCCCAGGGAUGAAGCCUGGCACCCCCAUGUCCCAGGAGUCCAACACCCCUGGACCAAGCGGGCCCCCACAGUUCCGACCGGUGCCAGGCAAGCCUGCCGUGGACCCUCUGGCCCUGGGUCUGAGGAACUCUCUGGCGGUCCAGGGAGCCUACCCUCCGGGGGCCUUCGGCCUGCCCCCCCCAGGGGUGAACGGGGACCUGCCCGGGGGAGCGGGCUACGGGGCAGCGCUCCACCUGGUCUCCCCCCAGAUGAACGGGUCGGCGGCAGCCGCCGCCGCCGCCGCCGCCGCGGGCUACGGACCACCUGUGGUGGGCUAUGAGUCUCCCCACCCACACAUGAGGGUUCCCGGGCUGCCUGCCAGCCUGCAGGCUGCCGCGUCAGGGAAGCCGGCCUACUCGUUCCACGUGGCGGCCGACGGCCAGAUGCAGCCCGUGCCCUUCCCUCCGGACGCCCUGCUGGGCCCGGGCAUCCCGCGCCACGCCCGGCAGAUCCACACGCUCAACCACGGCGAGGUGGUGUGCGCCGUCACCAUCAGCGCCUCCACGCGCCACGUCUACACCGGCGGCAAGGGCUGCGUGAAGGUGUGGGACAUCAGCCAGCAGGGCAGCAAGAGCCCCAUGGCCCAGCUGGACUGUCUGAACCGGGACAACUACAUCCGCUCCUGUAAACUCCUCCCCGACGGGCGCACCUUGAUCGUGGGCGGGGAGGCCAGCACGCUGUCCAUCUGGGACCUGGCCACGCCCACCCCCCGCAUCAAGGCGGAGCUCACCUCCUCGGCGCCCGCCUGCUACGCGCUGGCCAUCUCCCCCGACAACAAGGUCUGCUUCUCCUGCUGCAGCGACGGCAACAUCGUGGUCUGGGACCUCCACAACCAGACGCUGGUCAGGCAGUUCCAGGGCCACACGGACGGAGCGAGCUGCAUCGACAUCUCCAACGACGGCACCAAGCUGUGGACGGGGGGCCUGGACAACACGGUGCGCUGCUGGGACCUCCGGGAGGGACGGCAGCUGCAGCAGCACGACUUCACCUCACAGAUCUUCUCUCUGGGCUACUGUCCCACCGGAGAGUGGCUGGCGGUGGGCAUGGAGAGCAGCAACGUGGAGGUCCUGCACGUCUCCAAGCCUGACAAGUACCAGCUGCACCUCCACGAGAGCUGCGUGCUCUCCCUCAAGUUUGCCUACUGCGGGGAGCGGUGA